UCAAGUUAGUUUUUUUUGCGCUAGUUGUUUUUGUUUUUGGUUUGAUUAAUUUUAAUUUUCAAUUUGUUAACCUCUUUUUCGAACAAGAAAGAAUCUUUAGUUAGAGUUGAGUGGUUGUUGGUGGUUGUGUAAAUGUGUACUUAGAAAGGAAAGUAAAGUAUUCAAGCCAAGAAAAAGUUUCAAUUCAAAUGAAAUCAAGAUACUCUCUUAAUUAAUAAUUUAGUGUUUUCUUUAAUAACUUAAAUAUGGCAGACAAAAUGCACGUAGAUCGUGAUUUAGAUCUAUCGAAUGCUUCAAGAGGUGUUUGGUUGGUCAAGGUGCCCAAAUAUAUUGCAAAUAGAUGGGAAAAGGCUCCUGGAAACAUUGAAGUUGGGAAAUUAAAAAUUACCAAGUCACCGGGACAGAAAGCGCAGGUGUCACUUUCACUCUCCGAGUCUGUGUUGUGCUUGAAAGAGCCUGGAGAAGAAAACAUUCCCAAGGACCAUCGACUGGAUGUGUCUGUUGUAACUCAUCAGACACUUGGAGUCUUCUCACACUACUCACCUUUGCCAAAUUCAGAUGCUAUCGUUCCUGAAUCGGAGAAAUUAUGUUUAGAAGGAAGAAUCGUUCAAAAACUAGAAUGUCGACCAUAUGCUGACAGCUGUUACAUGAAGCUCAAGCUGGAAUCCAUACGCAAGGCCAGUGUCCCAACCAGGAGUGUGCAGCAGUUGGACAAGAUUGUACAGAACUACAAGCCUGUAUCUGACCACAAGCAUAAUAUCGAGUAUGAAGAAAGAAAGAAAACUGAGGGUAAGAAGGCAAGAGAUGACAAAGAUGUUGUCCUGGAAAUGUUGUUUGCUGCAUUUGAAAAGCAUCAAUAUUACAACAUCAAGGAUCUUGUAAAGAAGACUAAGCAACCUGUAGUAUAUUUGAAAGAAAUUCUGAAGGAAGUUUGUAAUUACAAUUCCAAGAAUCCCCACAAGAACAUGUGGGAGCUGAAGCCUGAGUAUCGACACUACAAAGAGUCUGAACAGGCAGCCCAACCAUCCACUUCAGAUUGACUCUAGUCAUUUGGCUAGUUUAUGUAUUUAUAUUUCUACAUUUUGUUUGUGUUUUCAAGUAUAAUAAACAAUAUUACUAUUUAA